AAUUCAAUCGAAGAAACUGAAAUUUAUAUUGUUGAAAUUUUAAUUAUAUUGAAAAAAUGUACUGAGUUGGAGUGUGAGGCUGUUAAAUUGUAUAACCUCUGAGCGGUUUUUGGUAAUAUUGUCUAUUGAUAUGAAAGGCAUCUUGAUCUUGCUCUUUGAUCGGUCUGGUCAGCAUUCAGCUGGGGUUGGGGUAACUUUAAGAACUGUUUCAAUAUAAGUUUCAGUAUGAUACCCUGAUGUGUCAGACUCAGCCUCAGAAGAUAAGGAUAACUCACUUGUUGGCAUAAUGUCUGGCUCAAAAACUACCAAGAUAGUGGCAGCAUUGAGAAAUUUGGUUAUCAACUGGCCACCGCUGAUACUAUUUGUGGCGUGCCUUGUGAUGUUCAGUGGUGUCACUCUGGUACUGGGUGCCUAUGUGUAUAACACUGAGGGCAUUCCAGACCGGGAUACUCUGUCAUGGAACCAGUUCCUGAAGAGUAUGGAGCACCACAGCCUGUGCAGGCACCAUGUGCCGCCCUCAGCUGCCAAUGCCACAGAGGAUGCCGCCUCAGCCUCCAUCCUGGUGACGGCCUCUGGCUGGUUUGACCAGCUCACUGAGCCCACCUCCAAUGGCUCCCUGGAGCUCACUCUUGAGGACCCCUCCUCGGCCGGUCUGAACGUGUCGCUGCGGCCGGUGUCGGCGGGCGGCUCCCAGCUGCUCUGUGUCCGGUUGCGGGGCUCGGCGGCACGGCUGCCCCACCCCGGCCACUCGCCGCCGCCCGCCUGUGACUCCGCCGCCCCUUCGGCCGCGCCGGCCGGCGUCGGCGCCGUGGAGCUGAUCAUGGACGGCGCCGCGCACUGCCCGGACGGCGGCGCGCGCUUCACCCUCGAGUACACACCGGCCACCGCCUGGGACAUCACACUGUCCAUGGCGGACCGGCAGCGAGCGUACGCUCACCUGACGUGCACCAGCGCCUUUCUGGCCGUGAUGGCGCUCUGUAUGCUGACCUGUACACUGGUCAGGAACCGCUCACGCUACACGCUGGCCGCCGGCGACAAGGUACCCCUGUCAGACGGCUAGAGAAGGAGUGAAUCCAACCCUCCCGACCGUGCCUUAUUCCUCCUCGGCUGCUGUGAGCUCCGGAACGACUAUUCGCGUCCGGACCAGUGCCUUGUCAGUUGUCGCGCAGUUGGACAUUCCUGGCGCAGAUCGGGUCAGAAGUCGCCGGGUCGUGUGAUUCCGGGUCCGCUGGGCCGGCCCUGUGGUUGUGUGGCUGUGUGUGGUCAUUAUUUAUUGUUACCGUCAGCUUUGUUAGAAAAGUUUGUUGUGCCGUGGGCGCCGUGAGGCUAUUGGUGUGCAUUAGGCGAGGGAUUGAGGUAAGGGACUGAACAGGUGUCAUGCAGGGGUGGUAAGGAUGGUGGAAGGGAGACGUGUGUUUGAGCCUGUUAUCCAGGGAUCGUGUGAGAUAGAUAGGAGGAUCAGAAGUCCACUGAGGCUAUAUUUUAGAUGUGUGUUAUUUGAAGGAUCGGAGCCGACCAGCUGUUAUGCUUUCUGUAUCGGAGUCAACUCUUCGCCAAGGACUAUAUAUCAUUCACCAUGUGUUAUGCAUGAUUGUACUUAACGCUGCGAAAGGUGUCGCUUUUUCUGCAGCGCUACGGCUCCUGGCUAUUCCCAUUUCAAUUCAAACGACUAUCUCAAACUAGUAUCAAUAACCAAUCAUAGCUCCAUUUACAUACACUCGCUCGAUUCCAGUGCAUGUGCAGAAGUCGGCUCUCCCAAAAUGACGGUGCCUUUGUCGUUAGUCAUUCCUCCCGUCCAUUGCGCCGUCCCUUCUCGAGUCGCGCACGGUCCCACCUUUGGUGUGUUUGGUGAUAUUGCACAUUCCUGUCGGGUUUCGUUGGCUUACACUGGGGACCGGACUUGUGGCCUUGCGGGCAGGCUCGGAGAUGGGUAGCGACCUCGCAUGGCACUCUGGCUCGCGGGUGCUCAUCUGGCGGUUGAGCCACGUAACUUUAGAGUGCGGCGUUUCCGAUAAAUGGAGACAAAAGACAAGUUGUGUCCGUAUAUCCAAGGAGUGAGACAUUUUAUGGUGAUCUACCGGUACUUAUUUGCUUAGCUUUCUUCGCUGUGGUCUUGCUUGAAACUUUUCCGUGAAUGCACUGUGUGUCAUAUCGUUGCAAAGAAUUCUGCCCUUUUUACUCUCUUCUAUUCCGUGCUUCAGCGUUGUGUGAUUUGGAUCGCUGUCCCGUAGCCGUUUAUUCUAUCUCGCGCUCUGCAAACCUGCGGUCGGUGCUCGUUGACCUGUCAUGGGUGUCACUGACCCCUGCCGUGGGUGUCGCUGUACCACCUGUUGCGGUCGCAUUCGAUCGUAGUCACCCGUGUGUCAUUGUCAAUAUAGUGUGCCACGUCUUCG